AUGACGGGACCAGAUCCGAUUCCACCAUCUCAGAAACAGAGCUCUGGAGUAGGCGUAUUGCCGCCUCCACCAAGAGCCACAGCAAUGAUCGUCGUCGGUAUGGCAGGCUCAGGCAAGUCGACAUUCGUGUCAAAACUGGCAUCACACCUUGCGCAGCGCGCAGCCUCAGCAGCGAGUGACGCGCUCGCAAAUGAUACGUCUCUAUCAAGUGACUCACCGACACGUCCAUACCUAAUCAAUAUUGAUCCAGCUGUUGCCACGUUGGGUUAUGCGCCGAACGUGGAUAUCCGCGACACGAUUGACUACAACCGCGUGAUGGAAGAAUACAAAUUGGGACCUAACGGUGGCAUCCUUACAUCACUCAAUCUGUUUACCACCAAGUUUGACCAGGUAUUGCAGCUUGCAGAUAAACGUGCGCAAGAGCUAGAUCAUAUUGUGCUCGAUACUCCAGGUCAGAUUGAAAUUUUCACGUGGUCGGCAUCUGGCUCCAUUAUUACAGAUGCCCUGGCUACGUCCAUGCCGACCGUUCUUGUAUAUGUUGUCGAUACCCCACGCACCACAGCUCCAGCGACAUUUAUGAGCAAUAUGCUCUAUGCAUGCAGCAUUUUGUACAAAGCGCGUCUACCAUUCGUUUUGGUGUUUAACAAGACUGAUGUGCAGUCCCAUGACUUCGCUCUCGAAUGGAUGCAUGACUUUGAAGCUUUUCAACGUGCAAUCAUUGCUGGAAAUGCACGAGACCCCUCCGUCUAUGCGACACAAGGACGCAAAGAUAUGCCGACAUCGUUUGAAAGCCGUGGUGAAGAGCCAAGCUAUCUCAACAGUCUCAUGAACAGCAUGAGCCUCGUGUUAGAUGAGUUUUACAAGAACAUCACGGCUGUAGGAGUGUCAUCCGCUACUGGUGAUGGCAUGGAUGCAUUCUUGGAUGCUAUUUCCAAAGCUCGCACUGAAUACAUCGACGAAGUGCGCCCUGAGCUUGAAAAAUUGGUCGCUGAAAAGAAGGCUCAACUAAGCAAGUCUCAAGACGACCAAAUGAAAGCAUUUUUGAAGGACAUGAGUCUCCGUGAGCCCCGCUCGGGUCUAGCGAAAGUGCGUGCAAAACAACACGCUGACCCUGACGACAUGGACCCUCAAUAUGAUGGCGAUGGUGUUAUUGUUGACCCCGACUCGGAUGAGGAAAAGCCUGAGUAUGGUGCACCUGAUGGCGAUGAGCGACUCAAUAAACGAUGGAAUCAGCUAGAUGGAACCUACUGGCCAACUUCUAUUCAUAGGUCUGCAUAA